AUUUUAUAUUGCCCAGUUGCUGUGUUGAUUUUUAAAAAGUGACCUUGCAAAAUCGACUGGCUGAUAUUUGCCCAUUCUGUUACGGCGCCAAUUUCUCAGUCAUCUACCUCUCGAGUUUAACGACAACCUUUCACUACGCUACGGUAUAUAUGACUCAUAUUCAAAAAAGAAGAGAGAGAAAAAAUGUAUCCAUCUACCUUGUGACAGAUAUUAUAGAUCUCAGAGAGAUAUUAGGUCCUUUCAUUUGCUCAAGACUUUAGUAAUUUUUAUCUAUGCAGACUGAGCCAAUCUUUGACCCGCCAACAACCAACAUCUAACACUUACAUUACACCCAACGCCAGGGACCAGAGACCAAAGACCAAAGACCAACAUGGUAAACCUUGGCUUGGCACGAAUCAGUGCUCUGCUCAAGCAGACACCACAGACCUGGAAAGCCAUUCAUGUUGCUGGUACAAACGGCAAGGGUUCAAUAUGCGCAUAUCUCACUGCCAUGCUGCGCGCCAACCAGAUUACGUGCGGUAGAUUUACCUCACCUCAUCUCGUAGAGCCUCGGGAUUGCAUCUGGAUUAAUGACAACAUCGUGUCGGAGAGCAAAUUCCGCCACUUUGAAGAUAUGAUCAAGAAGAGAGACGAGGAGCAGCAAAUUGGCGCUAGUGAGUUCGAAUUGCUCACGGCCACUGCGUUUGAGAUAUUCGAGUCUGAGAACGUCGAGUUCGGCAUAAUCGAAGUAGGACUAGGGGGCACACUUGACGCCACAAAUGCGUUAAAACAUAAAUGCGUCACUGUCAUCUCUAAGAUAGGGCUCGACCACCAAUCAUUUUUAGGCAACACCAUUGAAGAAAUUGCUAGUCAAAAGGCCGGUAUCAUGAGGAAAGUAGUGCCUUGUGUUGUAGAUGGCAGCAACACCAAGUCCGUUCUGGAAGUUCUUCAGAAACAUGCCGAGAAGACGGGUACCAGUUUUUCUUUCGCAGACGCAAAAUCCAAUCAGCUCGUGAGCAAAGUGGAAGAUUCCCUCGAACCACACCAACAGCAAAAUCUUGCAUGCGCAUACGAAGCUUUUCAACUAGCAUUUCCUCAAUAUGCUAGUUCUAUAGAUAGUCUCGUUUCUGCUGCCAGAAACGUGGUAUGGCCUGGGAGAUUGCAGUGGGUGAGCAUUGAAAAAGUUACAAACAGAAAGGAGGAUAUUCUACUGGACGGAGCGCACAAUCCCCAGUCCACAGAAGCACUCUCUGGCUUUGUUCAAAAGCACUUACGCUCGCAAGGAAAGCCAGUUACUUGGGUACUUGCUGCGACCCAAGGAAAAGACAUAUCAGAAAUGCUUAAACUGAUAUUACGCGAUGGCGACUCAAUAGCAGCUGUCGAGUUUGGCCCUGUUGAACAGAUGCCUUGGGUCAAACCCACAAGCUCGACAGAUCUACUUGAUACCGCGAGCAAAUGUGGCGUUACAAUUUCGUCAAAGUUCGACGCAUCCACAGAUGUGAGGUCAGCCCUCGAGUGGGCAAGCCAAACUACCAGCGGAGGCCCGCUUGUCAUUGCAGGAAGUCUCUAUCUAGUAUCCGAGAUAUUUAAAAUGCUCGGGUCCCAUGAAAAUUAGAGACGAGUAAACAUAAGUGGAAAGCAACGACUGCCUCACAAGAACUCGGGGGCCUCUACAAAGGAGAGAAUCCCAGAUUAAGACUUGUUCAACCGAAGGCUUAUACCCGCAAAUCAACUACGGCGGAUAUCCUAUAUACCUCGCAAUAUAUACAAGGUCAAUAUCUGGUAUUAUAGUAAGUAGCCUUCUUAUAAAACAUUUUGGUCCGUACAGUGAAGUAAUAGACCAAAACCGGAAUGAUCAAGUCUUCCCCACCGUCAAGUAAUCUAGGUACCUAACCUAAGGUAUCAGCUA